CCUGCUGCAUUGGUCACUUUUCUUCAUCUGUUCUUCAAGACUUUUGGAAAUGUUUCAGCUUCUCAUUCCAUUUUAAUCGAGGAUAUUUUCUUGAGUGUCACUGUCAGAGAACAGUUAUGUCAGCACACAGCAGUGAAUCAGCUGUCUGUAGCAGCAGUGACCUUGCAGACAGUGGAGGUUAUCUGCCGUGUUCUGCCCCAGGGCUCGUUUCAGCUAAAUUAACCGUGGUGGUCGGAGACACUCACUUCUGCGAGGAGAAGAAGUUACUCGUCCAGAGUUGCGACUACUUUCGAGCUCUGUAUCGCUCUGGGAUGAAGGAGUGUCAGCAACAAGAAAUCCAUCUCAAGUCCCUGCGUGCUCGAGGCUUCCUUAUCGCCUUGGCAGUUUUACGAGGUGAAAUGCCAGUCCUGGACGCCGAUGACAUUGUUGAGGCCAUUGAAUGUGCUGCUUUCCUGCAGGUGGCGCUGCUUGCUAAACACCUAAUCAACCUCAUUGACUCUGACAAUUGCUUGUUGAUGUAUCACACAGCUGCAACCUUCGGCCUCAUGGAUCUUUACCAUGCUGCUGCACUGUUCAUACGAGACAUGUAUGCCGACCUAGAGGUGGAGGUCAGGAAAACCUUGCCAUCAGAGCUGAUCUCCUAUGUGGACUCUUUGACCCCAAGUGUUUUUGUGGCUGUAGGGGCCCAUGCAACCUGUGGUGUGGAUGAAACUGUACAUGCUUCUGCCAGGACAGUCUGCUACCUGGACGAAACUGCCAAUAACUGGAAAGUAUUAACAGAUCUUCCACUUGAGGCCAGCACCUCCAUGGCUGGAGUGACCGUUUUAGACAACAAACUCUACAUCGUUGGAGGAGUUAUUGGAGUCCAUAAACAAGUCGUGGACUCUUGUUUCUGCUACAGUGUUGAAAACAACAGCUGGAGCAGGAUCACCAGUCCGGCACAGCUGCGCUACAAUCUCAGCCUCGUGGGUGCAGAUGGUCGUCUUUACGCCAUUGGAGGGGAAUAUGAGCGUACAGUGAUGUCAUCUGUGGAAACAUAUGAUGUAGAGAGUGGAAGGUGGACAUUUGCUGCUCACUUACCUCGGCCGGCGGUGGGAGUGGCAUGCACAAAAGCUAUGAGAAGAAUAUUUGUAUGUUUAUGGAGGCCGAUGGAGACCACAGAGAUCUACGAGUAUGUGUCAGCGAAAGACCAGUGGCUGCUUGUUACCACGCUGAUCAGGCAUCAGAGCUAUGGCCACUGCAUUGUCGGCCACAGGGACAAUUUAUACGUCAUGAGAAACGGGCCAUCUGAUGACUUCCUAAGAUGUGUCAUGGACUGUUACAAUAUAAGCUCGGGCCAGUGGUCAGCCCUACCGGGACACUUUGCCAACAGCAAAGGUUCACUGUUCACUGCUGUGGUCAGAGGUGACUCUGUGUUCACUCUCAACAGGAGCAUGACUUUGGAGUACGCCAUCGAUGCUAAAAACUGGAAGCCACGGCGGCAGAUGAAGGGUUUUCCCAGAAGUGGAUCCAUGUGGACAUUUCUGCUGCAUCUGCCAGACUCGCUCAUGUUGCACCAGUGACUUCAUUUACUCUGGGGUUCAUUGGAAAAUCUAAAUGUUUAAACCCAGACAUUUGUUUGAUACAGACCUGUGCUUAAAUAGAUGUAUAGUUAUACAUAUAUCCACAUUCAUAGUUUUCUCCACCAUUUCUAUUGACCAUUGAUUAUCAGCCAUUAUAUUAUAACAAUCCAAUGUAGACUUACCACGAGCUAUGAGACUGUGAAAUUAUAUGCUCUUGUAGAAGCCACAUGUCCGUAUUACAUCAACUGUUUUUUUAAGAAAAACAGAAAGUUGUGAACUUUCUUUGUGAAGUCAAAGAGAAGUACCAAAAUACCCAUAAUCCUCAGGUGUAUUAGCGUUGUCUUUGAUUGGUGGAGCUCUCUGUUACCAUGGAAAUGAUAACAACAUCCGCAAAAAUAUUGUAUUAGGCUACAAUCAGAUUGUUCAGCAUAACAACAUACACUAUACACUAUUUGAAAUGCUAUUAAUAUACAUUCAAAGCACAAACUACAAUAUAGUGCAACACUAUGGUUUAUGGGAUGUGUAGUUCCUUUCGGUUUUUUUUGCUCCGAAUCAAAUGUUUUAUAAUCUUGAUUCAUUUUGUAGCUGGUCGACCUGGUUCCAGGUUCCAGGUUUUUUUAAGGAUUUUCUGAAACAUCAAUGGGAAAAUAAAUGGAAGAUUUACUUCUGGAACCAGGGGCUCUAACAGCGGGUGGUCACUGUUCUGCUCCAUGCUCUCACCACGGUGUUUGCUGGGAACUAUGGGAGCAAGGUUACAUUCCUGAUAAGUCCAACAGGGUCUGCAAAUAGUAUUUCCUGUAGUGCUCCCCUCUGUGGUUGGGGUGAGGGAAAGGCUGGGUUUUAAAUGGGGCAGGGGAAGCACAAAUUAACAGGGAAACAGACUAGGCUCUAUAACAGAGGCUCCAUUUAUUCUUCUUGAGAGACUCGUAUCCGCACAAAAUCAAGAUGUGAGCUUAUCAUUGACACAUCAUUUAAUCGUUAUUAAUAAUAAUAAUACAGUUCAGUGCGUCAUGCCCUUCAGAUGACAGUUACUCUAUAAAUUCGCUUUUGUGGUGUCAUCACUGUUAUUAUCCUGAAACCAAUUAAAUACU